CCAGCACUCGCUCUCCUUAACCCCUGGGGCUCCGCAGGAGGCGGAGACGCUACGGGAGAGUCUGGCGGGGGGAGAUCCAGACGUUCUCCGGAUACAGAAACUGGAAGCCAUUUGAAAUCUUUGGAAGGCAAAAGUUUUUCUUGGGGGAAAAAAAAGAGCAGAAUCACUUGGAGGGAUCAGAGUCCUGAGGCACCAGAAAUGGUCCUGUGAAGGAAAAGGCAUCUGGAGACCCAGAAGAGUCCUUGGAGCCAUUUGGAGUCGCUCUGCAGGAGAGAGAAAGGAUGGAGACACAACCUUUGGGAAAGGAGGAAGCCGGGAAAGGCCCUUCAGCUGCUCAGCCUGGGAAGCUCUGGACAAGGACUGGGCAGAAGAUCCUGGAAGAGGAAACCAUCCUCCCUUCAGAAGUUCUGCCCUGGAAGUUCAUCCAAUACCGGGAGGCUGAGGGUCCCCGAGGACUUUGCAGCCGACUCCAUGACUUUUGCAGGCGAUGGCUGAGACCAGAAAAGCACACCAAAGCCCAGGUGCUGGACCUGGUGGUUCUGGAGCAGCUCCUGGCUCUUCUGCCCCCAGAGAUGGAGGGCUGGGUGCGGGAAUGUGGAGCAGAGACCAGCUCCCAGGCGGUGGCCCUGGCUGAAGGCCUCCUCCUGAGCCAGGCGGAGGAGCAGAAGGAGCAGGUCGACUUGCAGGGCUGCACUGUGGAAAUAAGGGAUCCUGAGGGAAAGAAGAAUCCAUCAAAGACCCCUCAGGAGCUCUUUUUCAGGAGGAUCCCUUGUGAAGAUCAAAGCCAGGACACUUCAGGAGAGAAACAAAGCAUGAAGUUUUCUGGUUUUUACGAUGGAGCUCAAACAGUAGUUGAACCUCCAAAUCAAGAGAGUCUUGUGUCCUUCGAGGAGGUGGCUGUGUAUUUCUCUGAGGAGGAAUGGUCUCAACUGGAUCCUGACCAGAAAGUGCUGCAUUCGGAAGUCAUGCUUGAAAACCAUAGGAACGUGGUCUCUCUGGGUACUAAUGAGCAGAAGAAUCAAGAUUCCUGUGAAUUGUUCCAAGUGAUCAAUGCUAAAGAUGAAAUGGAGAAUUUUGGAAUUCAAAUGGAAUUAGAAAGCCAUGAAAGAAACCGGUCAAAUAAUUGGAAUCAGGAUAGCUCAUCUUCCACUGAUGCUCCGAUGCAAGAUUUUCAUGUCCAACAAGAGAAAAUUAGGAAAGAAUAUAUUGGGAAAAGUAUAAAACAAAAAGUAUUAACCGAAAACAAAGAAGAAGAUGCUAUAAGCCAGAGUGGAAAGAAUUACAAUGGGACAUUGAUUCUUUGUCUUCGAAAUAACUUCCUUACAUCUCAAAAAAUGAUUCACACAAAAAAGGAGCCUUAUAAAUGUUUGGAAUCUGGAAAACAUUUUAGAUCAAGCAGGCAACUUACUUUCCAUGAAGGGAUUCACACUGCAAAGAAACAGUGUUCAGAAUCUCCUGUAGCCCAUGCAGCCCAGUCCCUCCAAGCACCAGGAGAGAAAUCCUAUAAAUGCAGGGAGUGUGGGAAAGCCUUUACUUGUAGCAGGGAACUUACUAUCCACGAAAAUCUCCACACAGGAGGGAAACCAUAUAAAUCGACAUCUAGAAAGACCUUUGCUCAGAACAGCGGACUUACUAUGCACAAAAAGAUCCACACAGGGGAAAAGCCAUUUAAAUGCAUGGAGUGUGGAAAGACCUUUGCUCAAAGAAGUAAUCUUAUUUCCCAUAAGAUGAUCCACAGAGGGGAGAAGCCAUAUAAAUGCACGCAGUGUGGAAAAACCUUUUCUCAAAAAGGUAAUCUUAUUUCCCAUAAGAUGAUCCACACAGGGGAGAAGCCGUAUAAAUGCACGGAGUGUGGGAAAACCUUUUCUCAAAAAAGUAAUCUUAUUUCCCAUAAGAUGAUCCACACAGGGGAGAAGAGGUAUAAAUGCACGGAGUGUGGGAAAACCUUUACAUGUAAAAGUAAUCUUAUUUCCCAUCAGGUGAUCCACACAGGGGAGAAGCCGUAUAAAUGCAUGGAGUGUGGAAAGACCUUUGCUCAAAAAGGUACUCUUAUUUCCCAUAAAAAGAUCCACUCAGAAGAGAAACUAUUUAAAUGCAUGGAGUGUGGAAAGACCUUUGCUCAGAGCAAUGGACUUAGUUGCCACAAAAAGAUCCACACAGGGGAGAAGCCGUAUAAAUGCAUGGAGUGUGGAAAGACCUUUGCUCAGAGCAAUGGACUUAGUUACCACAAAAAGAUCCACACAGGGGAAAAGCCAUUUAAAUGCAUGGAGUGUGGAAAGACCUUUGCUCAAAAAGGUCAUCUUAUUUCCCAUAAAAAGAUCCACACAGGGGAGAAGCCGUAUAAAUGCAUGGAGUGUGGAAAGACCUUUGCUCGGAGCAAUCUUAUUCCACAAAAGAUCCACAGGGAGAAGCCAUUAAAUGCAUGGAGUGUGGAAAGACCUUUGCUCAGAAUAGUAAUCUUAUUUCCAUAA